UGUAGAGCCUGGAACUUCCUUUGUGACGAAACGAAAGCCUCAGCGAACUUUGUUUAGUGUUUGGAGUGCGCAACCAUUCUGGCAAAACAGGCGCAGUUAGCGGUUUGUAAUUUCUUUCUUUUUUUUUUUCCUUCCGAGCACAAGAGUCUUUUAUUUUCUCCAUCUCCACUGCGCCGAAAGGAAGUUACUGUUUACAUUUGUGCGAUUAACACAAACCAGGUGGAGAGUAAAGGGAGGAGAAAAUAUUCACUCGUCUGUCAAAGCGAAUCAUCUGUCAAGGGAGUUCGGACAUCUCGCGCGUUUUGCUGGACUUUUAAUUUCACAGAAUACAUAUAUAUAUAUAUAUAUAUAUAUAUAUAUAUAUAUAUAUUUUGUACACCUGAAAAAACGAUUCAAAUAUUUCGCCGGUUUAAAAAAUAUGAAAAACGUUUUGUUUGGAACUUUGACUACGGAGAAAAUGUGCGUGUAACUGUCAAAUCUGCACAGAGAAGCCUUGUAUCUAGCUGGAGUCAUGAGGUAGAGUAGGGGGGUUGCGGGGAGGUUUUAAUUAGCAGUCCAUUAGAAUCCCUCUGCAGUUUUUUUUUUUUCCAAGAUAACCAUUUUUGUGUUACAUUUGAACGCCAGGAUUACAUCAAAAGAUCUUGGAGCUGAAGAACGCAUGGGUGCUUGCGAUGAAUCAUUGUGACCGUUACGGAUAAACUUGCGCUCCAUACUUUAUGGUGGUUCUCUGAAGACUAAGAGCAAACGUCAUGAAACUGAGUGAUCUGCUAACUUAUAAUGUUACUUACUUUUUCGUAUAAGUAGUAGCAAUGCCCAGGAGGAUCGUUAACGCGAACCAAUGUCUCUUUUAAAUGAACAACCUUAAUGUGGGAUUUGGGCACAGGGUGGCGAUGCGCUGCAGACGCGUCCAGUUGUGUCGCCGCCGUCCGCUGUUGCUUGUGGCACUACUGCUCUGCCUGUUCUACCAGACUCUGAUGACGGCACGUACUCGGUUUUUUAAAACAAGCACCGACCCGGAAAGCGUCCGGAACGACUCAAAGCAAAGUGACACUCGGGAGGAUUACGCCAAGAAGACCUGGAGGGAAGUUUUGCAGAGCCUGAGCAGAGUACAAACUGCCAGCAGUGAGAAACGAGCACUUUUGUUUGGGUAUCAGCCGAUAAAUGAAGCAGACAUUCAGCUCUACAAGCGCAUAUUUGCUCGGCAUGGUUACUUGGUCACUUUGGCACGAUGCACUAAGAAGGGAUGUCUCCAGAAUCAAAAACAAGUUGUCUCUUCUGACUGGGACAUCCUGAUGUGUUUACCUGCUGCAGAAAGAAGCUGUCUUAAUGAAGAAGAGUUUAACUUGCUAAAGCCACACCAGAAGGUGAAUAUGAUUCCAGAAAUUAAAGAAGCAAUCGGGGACAAAGAGAAACUGUGCAACUUUGAAAUACUUGACAGACUACCAGAAGCUGGACUUCCUAUCAUUCAUUCAUUUUGUGGGGAGGUGAAAGUCGGACCAGAGAAUGCCAGUGAUCAUACAGAAGAAAAGAGGUCCAUGGCACAUGUGCCUCUGCAGUCUUUAACAGAGCAAGAUAUGUUCUCCAUUAUCAAAGUAUAUGUUCUGAUUACCUCAUUUCCACCGCUGACUGCAUUUUUUCAUUCUACUGUGCUGGUGAUCAAUGAAGUUGAUAAAAGCAGCUAUGCUAUUAAGAUACAUACAUUUUUUGAGAGUCACUUUGGAAUGGAUGCUUCAAGCCAUGCUUUGGACAACAUGAAGAAAAUAAUAUCAAUGAUGUUAAUUGCUGCAGAAAUGGCUAGUCAAACAUCAGACAGAAGAAUAAAAAAUUUAACAAGGUGUAGGUUAUGUUUUCAGCCCCUCACUUUUACACUUGGUUAUAAUUUCACUCAGAUUCCUGUGAUUCUUAAGAUACAUAGUGAGUUUGAUUCAGAAGACUUGAAAGACUUUAAAGGUGAUGGUCAAAUAAGAAAAAAGUUCAUCAUAGAGGAUGCACUGAACUUUAUUUUGCCCAGCACCGUGGAUGAUGGCAGCUUACAUAACAUUUUCAGGCAAACCAGCUUAGCAGUGGGAGAAACGGUUGAUGACUGUGUUUCAAUACAAAGUGUGUGCUUAACUCCUGAAGAUAUUCGCUUUUUCAGUCAAUUUCUAAAUGAAGUCAAAAACCCUGGACCCUUCCAAUUGCUUUAUCCAUCGCCCAGCCUGCAGGCUCACCUGUCAGAUUUUUUUGCCAUCGAUCAACAGCAAGGAGGCUCUUCUGUCACUAGAAGGAACGUACUGCUGCUUUGGCUGCUACAAGAACUUCACUCCUCUGAAGCAAAGCAUUUUACUGAUCAUUUGCCAGGGCAAGGAAACCAUGAGCCACAUCAAAAACGAGUUCCAUUUAGUGUUCCUGUAGGCUCAGAAAAUGGAUGGAGGGAACAACAGAAAGACAAAUGCACGCUUCCCUACAUCAAGCAGAUUAUCACGGACCCGCCCCUGGAUCUGAAGCCUCAGUUUGAUCCCAAACUGAAAGAAUACCACGUGGAUGUGCCAUUUGAUAUGGUGACUGUCUGGAUUAGAGCUGAGCCCAUUAAUUGUCACUGCCAGGUGCAUCUGGAUGAGAGAAGAGGGCCCAGUGCUGCAAACUACCCUGUUGGCUUGGGCAUCAAUAGAAUCAACAUCUUGGUGGUGGAUGAGUUCCAGCCGCAGCCUGUAAUUAAGUCCAUUUACACACUCUACAUUUACAGAGAAAGCAGGCCCACCCUCCCAGUGUUUGAUGAUUAUGUAAUGUGUGGAUUUCUUCAGGACUGUGGAUUAAUUGUUGAACCUGGCAAACCAUGCGGUUUGGAGCCUCUUGUUAGCAACGCUCAACUCCAAGACAAGCUACAGCCCUGCAGCACAGGGGACGCUAGAGGGCGCUGGAUCGUUCCAUGUCUGAGUUGCUCCGAUAACAGAACCUGUGACUGGAGGGAGGUGUCCUGGCAACCAGAGGCAUGCUAUUACCCUGUACCCAGUAAGCCAGAGAUCCAGAAGUGCUUGGCAAGGACAAAGGUGCUGUUUAUUGGUGAUUCAACAAACAGAGGAAUGAUGUAUUACCUCAUUGAGCGUGUGAAUGACACUCUAGGGGAAUGGGACAAAGCUCAUGAUACAAGACUUUACCAGGUCAAUGGAAACCAGACAUAUACCACUUAUUCUUAUUAUCCACGCUUUUGGCUUGAAAAAGGUGAACGGCCCACAUUUGAGAUGGCACUAGAGGAGCUUAUACAUAGAUCACGUCCUCUAGAAAACACAGACCGAACAGUGCUCGUCAUAGGAGGCGUUCAGUGGCUCAAUGUAAAUCACCUUCACAUCUUACAGAAUGUGCUUACAAGGGAAAAUCUUUCUAAUAGCCUGGUUGUGAUAAAGUCAAUUGGGAUGGGUUUUCAUCUUCCUGUUGAUGGAAUAAGAUCUCUUUCUCUGGAGGCUGUACAAGAGCUUUUUCUGGAAAAUGGAAGAAUACUAGAUGCAGCAAAAGGAAAUGGAUAUGAGGUUAUCGAUACCUUCAGCAUUACAAUGGGUCGCUAUAAAGAGUUUCUUCAGGGAAGGUGUGCCUGCCACUUCCAUGAGGUAGCAAAGUCUGCAUUGCCACAAGUGUCAUUGUAUAGCCAAUACAUGUUCUCUCGAUAUUCUGCAAAGGGUUUCAGCAAGCUGCCACAAUUUCAAGACUUCCCUUCCUCUUCUAAGUCACCCUAUCACGUCAAAGGGCCAAUAAAUCAGGUCUAUUCAGAAAUCCUAAUCAGCCAGAUCUGUUCUAGUAAAGGCAGGAGAAGCACAUAGGCCUGGUGUGAAAAAAUUAACAAGCUAAAUCGACUCAAGGGUCACACUCUGCCCUCGUAGCAUUGUCCCAGUACAGCAAAGUGAAAGAUAUGCAAUACCCUUUUCCUGUUUUUAUGAGAUCAAGAUGUGCCCUUAUAUAUCCGUGGUUUUGGAAUGGCACAUCCGAAAAGAAAGAAAACCAAACUGGCUUGAUGUCUGGCCAAAAAUGAAUUUAACAUCUGUAGACAACAUGAAAUAUGUCCCGCAAAAUUAAGACGAGUGUGAUCGACUUAAUGGCCAAUAUUAUACUGCCUCAAGUGCUUUUACCAAUGACAAGCAUGUAUAGUACCAUUCUCACAAGGCAAUCAUUCCUAUAAUUCUAAAUAAUGAAACACUGCAGUAGUCAUAGUAAAGAGAGAUCUUGACCAGUGAAGGAUGAGGGCUGUUCAAACUGACAAUGUUUGCUACCAAUGUUUGUAUACUUUUCUUUAUUAAACCAAAGAACUAACUUAUAAUGUCUUAUUACAAAGCAAUUUAUUUUUAUACAGAUUUUUAAAGUAUUGUUAUUUGAUGUCAUUUUUUUUUCAGAUUUCAUAUAUUUU